AUGAAGAUGCUCGUUUUGGCCCUCACUUGGCUUGGAGGCAUCAACCCCGCAACCGCCAAUUCGCCAAGUGAAGAUGCCAAGUUAACCCAAGAGAACCACAGCGUCCAGUGCUUUACUUACCUGUCGACAUAUCUGGCCCCUGUUCGCUCACGAGUUCAGCCCCCUAUACCUACAUUUGAGAAUGAUGACGGGAGAAACACCCAGACGACGUUUUACACAAGUAUGAUUCAUGUGGGUGAGCUGGAUAACUCGCCUACUUCAAAUGAUCAUGUUGGCUAUGAGGUAGUGUCAGGAACAUUCGAGCCUCUACACGCAAACACACCCCCUGUUCCGUCGUCAUUAGAGGCGAACCGGCCCGACCUAGGUAACAAGAAGGGCGCAGAGAUGGCCUCUGGGACCCGCAGAAGCUUCUUCACCGACACGCCUCAUGUAGGGCGCAUUUCGCCCAACUCAGACAGUCAUGACGGACCCGAUAUAGCUUCGGGAACAUAUGAGGCCCUUCCCACUGACAGACGGGCACCUUCCACAAUAGUAAUAGGUGAUUCCACUUCGGGCAACCCGGGGGAAGCCGACAUAGCCUCUGGAACAUAUGGGCCCUUUUACACAGACACGCCGGCACUUCCUACAUUCGCUGCAACUUAUGACUCUACAUCAACGGACCAGAAGGGACCUUAUGUGGCCUCAGGAACAUACAGUCCAUUUUAUAGAGACACACCAACCUUACGGAGAACAAGGUCCACGGGUGAUGGUACAUCGGCUACAAUGACAGUAGAGGAGUCAGGAAACCUGGUCGCCACGAACACAUCCUUUAAUUCAGCCAACUGGUCAUCUGGUCAAUGA